GCAAGACGAGAAAUGCGUGUUAUGACUCCCCUUGCGGGGGGUUUAUAGGUAAGACCGUGAACCGCCCGCUGCCAGCUCGCCUUUGUCUGUCUAUACGUCAAGCGCCCCUCGCUGUCUGCCCGCCCUCUUAUUGUGCACUGCCGCCUUUCCAACACUGCUCAGUGGCACUUUCCAGCGAACCAUUUGCCUUUUCAAGGAAGCCUAGACUUCACCACCGGGCGGCCUACAGUCUACUCAAAAGCAUUACUCACCCAGCACGACUCAGCAAGACACCACCACCAUGGCUCCAGUCGCUCUCACUCCAGAUCAGUCGGGCACAUCGACGCCCACCUCGACAUCUGCCUCUGCCCUCACCCAGGCCGGCAUCAAGCAUGCUCUCAAUGGCAGCGCCGCCGCCAAUGGCUCCGAACAGCAGCAACCCCUCGACACGUCCCUCAUGACCUACACCUACACAUCAACCCCACGAACCGUCCCCGAACCCGACUCAGCAGAGACCAAAGCCCAAAAGACAUGCACCGACCACAUGGUCUCAGCACGAUGGACCAUCGAAAACGGCUGGGACGCACCUGAGCUGAAGCCAUACGGCCCCCUGGCCAUCAUGCCCACCGCCAGCGUCCUCCACUACGCAACCGAAUGCUUCGAAGGCCUCAAACUCUACCGUGGCUUCGACGGCCGCCUUCGCCUCUUCCGCGUCUCACGAAACUGCCAACGAAUGCUCAAGAGUGCCCGCCGCAUCGCCCUCCCAGACUUCGACCCAAAAGAGUUGGAGAAAAUGAUCAUCGCACUCUGUGCCACAGAUGGAGACAAAUGGCUCCCUAAAGAACGUGCAGGACACUUCCUCUACAUCCGCCCCACCCUCAUCGCAACAGACGCCGCUCUGGGUGUGCAACGUCCUCGCGAAGCUCUUCUCUAUGUCAUAAUCGCCUGCUUCCCAGAUAUGAGCAAGAGUUUUCCACCUGCCCUCAACGGCUCUGCAAACGGCACACAAGCGAAGCCCGGUCUCAAACUCCUCGCUAGCAACGAAGAUACCAUUCGUGCAUGGCCUGGUGGUUUCGGAUACGCCAAACUCGGCGCAAACUAUGGUCCUUCCCUCGUCGCCCAAGGCGAAGCCCGCAGCCGCGGAUUCGACCAAGUCCUCUGGCUCUUUGGCAAAGAAUGCUACGUCACCGAAGCCGGUGCCUCAAAUUUCUUCCUCGUCUGGAGAAACCGCGAAUCGGGUAAACUUCAACUCGUCACUGCACCGCUGGAAGAACGUAUUAUUCUCGAAGGUGUCACUCGUGCUUCUAUCCUCGAACUCGCAAAAUCCCGCCUCAGCAAAUCGAUCGGAGACCUUGAAGAAGUCGAAGUCUUCGAACAGAGAUUCACAAUGGAUGAUAUCCUGGAAGCCGCGAAGGAGGGGAGAUUAAUCGAGGCUUUUGCCGCGGGGACUGCGUUCUUUGUUGCGCCGAUUGGGUUGAUCCAUUUCAGGAAUAAGGAUUUGGAGGUUCCGAUGAGUGAGGGCGAGACGGGCGCUUAUGCUAAGGCGAUUAAGAGUUGGUUGGUGAAUAUUAUGUAUGGGAAGGAGGAGCAUGAGUGGGGGGUUUUGGUGAAGUGAAGUUGUGGUUUUGCUUACUGGGGAAAUUGAUUAGUGAGCUACCUGACACCUUAGCAGCCUAGUGCCGGGGGUUGGUGUGUGAACGGAAAAGUGCAUUUGGAUGGCGAAUGGGACCGUUUCUUGGGUGGGAGCGAAAUAUAUGACGAGUUGGGAUCUAGAGAUUUGUUGAAUAGUUUGGGUAUGAAAGCUAUGGACCGACAUGACGGCAGAGUUCUUGAGUGGUUUUCCUCCUUUGUGCCCUUGGAACCAUCUGCUCCAGAUGGGGUCUGACGCUGACGCUCUCUCGGCUAUGGUGGUGAUGUUGAAGAUGUAGAACGCUUCCCGUGCCAAUGAUUGUUCAGGUACUUGUAAUGCGGACUUACUUAACCCAGUUGCCAUAGUAGGUGCUGCACCCGCCCUGUCAAAACCACAGCAGCUGAAUUUGGGAAGCAUUUCGGUUGCUGCGCAUGCUGUCUUGGUGUUGUUUUUUGCGCGAACAAGGAUGCGCGUGUAAGCCUACCGCUCGUAUGUGAAGAACUUGCCUUGCCUUUGACUAGCAACGUAUCGACACGGCCAACGACAGGAGAUUGACCGCCAGAAGCAGGAGCGCAUGGAUUCGGGAAGUUCAAAGACAUGUCCAUCACCGUCGCCAGAGUUCAGCGCACCUUGAGCCAGUUUACUGUUCG